AACAGCAUAUUUAGGACGCAUUCCAUUACAAAGCUCCUGUCUCUAAGAGUCUUUCAACCUUUUCGUUGGGUUAUUUUUCCAGUGUCAGUCCUUCGUAGUGUUAAUGUUAUUAUCUUUGGUUUUACGUAAAGAACAAAUCAAUGUUUUGCUAACGCUACUAGUGUAAAAUAGCUUAUAUAAGGUUAAGGAAAAACAUAACCGAACGCAGCCUUUUGGUUUCACAGUCACAUGCUAGUCAAGCCUGAUCAGCUGACAUCCUCCAGCUUCCCCUCUUGGUGCUCCUUCUCCUCCAUCGACCGUCAGCCUUUCUCUAAACGGCGUUAUUCUGUUAUCUUAGGGUUAUUGGUGUCAAAUUUUAGAUUUGAGCCAAAGAAUCCUCUGUGAUCCGGCAGGUUAGGUCCCCAGGUAGAUGCUGCUUGAGUGUAUGAUGAACGGACACGCUAUCCUGUAUACGGGGGUCACUUUGGCCUUCUGGACUACUAUACUGAUCGUCGGUAUCUGCUAUACUAUAUUUGAUCUUGGAUUCCGCUUUGAUAUAGCAUGGUUCCUGACAGAGACUUCUCCUUUUAUGUGGGCCAGUCUGGGCAUUGGCUUGGCCAUCUCUCUGUCUGUGGUGGGAGCUGCCUGGGGGAUCUACAUCACUGGCUCAAGCAUCAUCGGCGGCGGUGUCAAAGCUCCACGAAUCAAAACCAAGAAUUUGGUCAGCAUCAUCUUCUGUGAAGCUGUAGCGAUUUAUGGUAUCAUCAUGGCCAUUGUAAUCAGCAACAUGGCUGAGAGAUUCACUGGAACAACCCCUGAGACCAUCGGCGCAAAGAACUACCAAGCCGGUUACUCCAUGUUUGGAGCCGGUCUGACUGUAGGAUUUUCCAACCUCUUCUGUGGCAUCUGUGUCGGCAUCGUGGGCAGCGGAGCAGCUCUGGCAGACGCUCAGAACGCCAGCCUCUUCGUUAAGAUCCUCAUUGUGGAGAUCUUUGGCAGUGCGAUCGGCCUGUUUGGCGUCAUUGUAGCCAUUCUGCAGACGUCAAAAGUAAAGAUGGGCGACUAGAAGAUGCAUCCACACUCUGAGAAGAAGAAAUGACACUGCUGGAAAAUAAGAUGGAUUGUUGUGUAAAUACAUCGUAAAUUAUUUAAAUGUCUCUAUUUGCCUGGGGUUGUUUUUAACCAUUAUUUAUGCAAGAGUGGUUCAUUCACAUACUGCUGUCUUGUCUUUAGAGAAACAUUAAUGUUGAAUAGGAAAACUGGGAAAUAUCACCAGAUGUCAGUGUUUUUAUUUGUGCAUUAAUUUGCCUUGUCAACAAUUCGGCUUUACAUUUUGAAGAUACAGUAGGUUUAAAUGAGUUAACCCUUUCUUGACACUGUUUUUUUUUUCCUGCCCACUCUUGGAUGAAUGAUGAGUUAAAAACCUCACUAGACUAUUUGAAGAAAUUCUGUGUGUGUGCGUGUGUUUGUAUGCUGAACACGUGAUCUUUUUUUUUUCCUGUGAAGCAUGAGGGUGUUUACCAUUGUGUUUAUUACUGUAGCCUGGUCUGUCAUUUUUUUGUUUUGUUUGUUUUUUGUUACUAUUCUUUGCUAAUGAGCAAGUGGUCCUUAAUCCACAGUAUUCAUCAGGCCUCCUGCUGUUAUAGCGAUAGUAAAUCUAUCAGGUUUUAAAUGAGAGUACUGAUCUGAAACUACUAGUAAGCUCACUGGACACUGGAGUAUGCUCUUUGGGAGAAAAAAUAGUCUGAUCACAGAAGUAGAUCUGCUCUAAAUAUGUCAUCUUGUCAUUAAUUUCCCUUCAUUGCAAAAAUGUUAACAAAGACCUCUAGAGUUGAGCCUCCUGGUAGCUACUACUCCAUAAGCUGCUCCUCCCAGAUUCUUCAAAUUGUUUACGUUCAUCAAGGUUGUGAUCCUCUUUCCUGAAGUUCAGUAUUAUUCACACAAAAGUUGUACUGCUCAGUGGGAGGCCAACAGAUUAUGAAUAUCAAGAACACUUUUCUUAUAAGCAAAACUCCUUGUGAGUUGAACUGUAGCAUGAAGCUAGCAUUUUGUAAACACAGUCGAAAAAAAUGCUGUUGUCUGUUGGUCACCUUUCAGUGUGACUUAUUUAAACAGACAGAGGAAUAAGAUGUUGAUAUAGUGUUAGUAUGAUAGCUUCAGUGCUCUCCCUGGCUUACAUUCGAUGUUUUUCUCAGGUGGCUACUAAAUUUUAGAAAAACAUUUUGGACUCCUUCACAACUUCCAUGGACACACGUACUGAACAAUCAACACAAAGUCUGCUCUGUAGAUCUUCAUGUUCUAUAUCUUUUUUAUUUAAAAUGUCUUGAUUUGAAUGUAUAUGGUUCCGUGUUGGCUGACUUCCCAAAUUAUUUUCUAACAUUCCUGUAAAGAAGCUCCGUGUGUUUCAGGCUGAUCAGUGUGUUUGUGGGUGGUUUAUAUUAAAUGACAUAUUGGGCGUCAGCUACAUUACACAAAAGCCAUCUUUAAACUUUGGUAAUCAACGUGUGUAUGUGUUUUUUAUCAGCUGGUGGCUUCAACUUUUGAUGUUGGAAGAGUAGCUCCUACCUUGCUCAUGGGGAUCCAACUAAAUACUGAAACACAUCAGUCGACACUUUAUGUUUCAUACAGCAUUCCAAAAGUUAGGAUGACAGACCAUGGCAAAUAGUGAAUUGUCUUACAUGUAAUUUUUCCUCUGACCCUCUUGUGAAGUUGUGGAUGAGUGUAAACAUUGAAUCUUAACAUGGGGGAACCUGGGCUGUCUUCAGUAGAUCCACACCUGCCCUCCCAAAGGUGUCAAAGCAGCGAGCUCAACUUUGCCCUCUUGGUGGUUUUGUGAUUAAACCAAGACCUCUCCGCAAAGAUUCUUUUGGUAAACCAGGCUGUGCAACAAACCCCGGGCUUUCAGUGACUGUAGUUGGUACCGUGUGUGCAUUAUGUUGAUGUGAUGGUGAUAAGAAAGUAUCUCAUUGUUUUUGACAAUGUGUAUAAUAAUAACAAAAACAGAUCUUCACUUCUGAAUUCAUUAAUGUCCUUGAGAAAAUAAAACUGUCCAAAUCGAAA